AUGUUAAAUCAAGAACAAAUUCAUCGAUAUUUUAAUCAUUUAAGUGGAGCAAAACGUAUUGAAUUUUUAUAUGGUUUAUUACAUUUAUGUCAACCAUUAGAAUUACGUUAUUUGGGUACUUGUUUAGAAGAAAUAGCACGUAAAGAUUAUGAAUAUUUAUAUCAUGCUGAACAAAAAACAAAUCAUUUAUCAACACAAAAUUCAACAACAAAUAAUGAAACAAAUAAUCAACAGCAAAAUGAUCUUGGAUCUGAUGAAAAAUUAGAUUUAACUGAUCAAUUUACACGAGCACAUGCUAUUGUUGAUAUUGCUCUUCUUUGGGCAAAAAAUCGUCCAUGUGCAUUACGUUUAUUUCGUCGUUUAAAAGCUAGUGAAAGUGUUAAACUAGUUGAUAUGCUUCUUGAACGUGAUGAUUUAGAUGAACGAACAAUGGAUGAAAUAUUAAUUAUAUUUUGUUUAGCUGCUAAUCAUCCAGCAUUUAGUUUUGAUAUGCGUACACAAAUGUCACAAAUACUGAAAGAAUUAGAAAAAAGACAACGUAAAAUGAAAUUAUUACAACCAGUACAAAAUAUUAAUAAUAAUAAUGAUGAUGAUGAUAUAAUUGAUCCACUAGAUGAUACAAAUUGUUUACGUCAUCAUAUAUUAUCAUCAUCAUUAUUAAAUUCAAGUACAUUGAGUGUACAUGCAUCACCUUUAUUAACUCGUUUAGCUGUUGUUAAUUAUGAUACAGAAUCAACUCCUAUGAGAGUUUUGAUUAAAGCUGAUUGGUCUGAUAAUAAUUCUACUUUGACAUGGAAAACUCCAAAUGAUAUUCGAUCAUUUCAUUUACAAAUUAGUAUUUAUUUGUUGUAUAAUAACUAUUCAGAAGCAUUUUCUAAAUAA